AUGAUUUUCUCCACCUCUGUCGCGUUGCUCCUUGCAGCGCAAGCUGUGUCUGCUAACCCACUUAAGAGCGAAAAGCGACAAUUUCCUCCGGGAAUUGGGUUCAAUUGGGGCUCAGAGAAGCUUCGAGGUGUCAACAUUGGUGGAUGGCUAGUUCUCGAGCCAUUCAUCACUCCUUCCAUCUUCCAAUCACUCGACCAAUCCCUCGGCAUCCAAGACGAGUGGACACUGGGCCAGCAACUUCCAGGUCAAGCUCCAGGCAUCCUGCAGAAUCACUGGGAUACAUGGGUUGGCUUGAGUGACUUCCAGAAGAUUGCUGAUGCAGGUUUCAAUCUUGUCCGUAUUCCAAUCGGGUUCUGGGCGUAUGACAAUGCCAACACUCCAUAUGUGUCCGGCUCUGCACCCUAUUUGGACAAUGCUAUCGGGUGGGCACGACAAACGGGUCUCAAAGUCAUGAUCGAUCUCCACGGGGCGCCAGGAUCGCAGAAUGGCUGGGAGCAUUCGGGUCAGGCGAUGGCAAAUCCGGGAUGGCUAGUUGAUGGAGGAGCAUACGGACCGACCUCUCAAAGGACUCUUAAUGUGCUCAACACAAUUGCGCAAAAGUAUGCAGAUCCCAGCUACCACGACGCUGUUGUCGCCAUCGAACUUCUCAAUGAGCCCAAGGGUUGGGUCCUCAACCGAGCAGACUUGCGCCAGUUUUACCGUGAAGGGUAUGGACGUGUCCGACAGGUCAGCGAUACCGUCGUCGUGCUUCAUGAUACAUUCUUUGCUCCAGAAUCUUACAACGGAUUCAUGACACCUCAGGAUCUGAAUGUGCAAUAUGUUGCCUUGGAUCAUCACUACUACCAAAUCUUCGACGACUAUUCUGUUGGCUUGCUUCCGUGGCAGCAUCGCCAGUUGGUAUGCAACUCAGCAGAUCAAUACUGGGGCGCAGAUAAGUGGACUUUUGUUGGAGAGUGGUCGGCCGCUAUGACUGACUGUGCACAAUAUCUGAAUUGUUAUUAUGGCGGUGCUCGUUAUGACGGAAGUCUGGACGGAAUUUACCAUGGAUCUUGCGCCGGCAUGUCUACUAUCAGCAGCUGGGACCAGGAAUACAAGGACGACACUCGUCAGUACAUUGAGGGGCAGAUGGAUGCAUUCGAGUCCCAGAGCCAAGGUUGGAUCUUCUGGAAUUUCAAGACCGAGACUGCGCAGGAGUGGAGUCUUUUUGACCUCUUGGAUAACGGACUAUUUCCCAACCCCGUUACGGAUAGGCAGUUUCCACCUAUGUGCGACCAAUAUUGGUAA